ACAGCCCAGAUUGGGCACCUUGUUUGCUUCUAGAGAAAACAUACAUAACCAAGUCUGAUUGUGAUAGGACACGGAGAAGAGUCAAAUGUUUACCCACAUAUAAAGGAAACAGGAGGAAUCAAACUAUGUCAACUAUUGAAAACAAAGAUGUUGUUGCUGUAGAACCAAAUGUAGAAGACAAUGUAGCUGAUGCUGGUGAAAAUAGCAGGAAUCCAAAUAUGUCAACCAAUGAAGACAAAGAAGUGGGUUGUGCAGAACCAAAUGCAAGUUUAGCAGACCAUGUUUAUGCUGGUGAAAACAAUGAAUCUAACAUCACAUUUCAUUCAGAAAGUGUCAGUGAGAUUCAUGAUGACACAGGAUUGGUUUUAAACCUAGAAAUCCCGUCACAUAAUUUUCAAGAGUCAGACUUACAAAAACCUGACCUUAAUGUUGAAUUAAAGAAAGUUAUAGUGGAGUUACAGAACAGAAAUUCAGAACUUGCAAGUAAAGUGGAAAUACUAAAUGCAAACAUAGUUGAACUAAAAUCUGAACUGGAGUCCUCAAAGGUAGAAAUAUCACAAUUACAACUUGAAAUCGCCAAAGGGAAAGCCGAAAAACAGAAAGAUUUGUACACCCGUUGCAUUGAAGACGUAGAGUUAAUGGUUUACUAUACCCGCUUUACCCCAACAGCCUUUGAAGCAAUUUUUCAAGGAGUUCUGCCCCUGAAACAUAACAACAACUCAUGUUUAGAUUUUCGUCGUCAGUUUUUCUUAACAUUGACAAAACUAGUACAUAACUUUGGUUUCCAAGAUUUGUCUGUUCAGUUUAACGUUUCUAGACAAACUAUAUCGAACUACUUUCAUUUCUGGGUAGGGCUACUCCACGAUCGUUUUUUCUCUAGAGUUGUUUUUUGGCCAUCUCAAGAAUCACUGAAAAAAACUAUGCCAAUGUGCUUUAGGAUGGAUUUUUUUAACACUGCAGCAAUAUUGGACUGUUUUGAGUUACAAUUCGAUACUCCUCAUAUUCCAACUGACCCAGCCGCUUCUUUUUCCUCGCACAAACAAAGGACAACUGUGAAAUACUUAAUAUCUGUUACUCCUCAAGGUUCUUUUAAUUUUGUUUCAAAUGGUUUUUGUGGGAGAGUGAGUGAUAAACAAGUUGUAAUUGAUAGUGGAAUUUUAAAUAACUUGAAACAUGGCGACCUAAUUUUGGUAGACAGGGGUUUCCCUUUAGAAGAAGUAGUUGCAUCGCGAGGCGCUCAAUUCAUGGUACCUGCGUUUAUGAAAGAAAGAAAUCAACUUCCGGAAAUUGAAACUAGGCGCAUAGAAAAUGUUAGGAUUCAUGUAGAAAGAAUCAUUGGGGCAACUAGAGCCAGAUUUCAAAUGUUAAAAGGUCCUAUCGACAGGAAUUUUCUAAAUUCAGAUAAUGAGUCUACGGGUUUUGUCGACAAAAUAGUAAAAGUAUGUUGCAUUCUUUCUAACCUCUUACCAAGUGUGGUUCCCCUUGACUAAAUUCAAUCAACAUAUGUAAAAUUCAUUGACUGAUAUCACUGAGUUUGUAUUUGUUUUCUGGGUUUAUAACAUUGUGUAAAUUUGUAACAUUUGGAAACAUUAAACACUGAUCUCACAAAA